UCUUCAUAUUCUGUAGUCACUCCAGUUGUUCUGCUUGUAGGAACAGAUGUCUCUUUCCUGGGCUGAUAGCACUCAGGUCCACAAGGAAAUUUUCUUACCAGCAGCUCUUCUAACAUAGAAGGGAGAUCGGGCCAGAGAUUUUGGAAGUCAAUGACCAUGCCGACCUCCUCCACCCAGCUGCCAGCCCUUGAAUCUAUCAACUCCACCAAGCCACCUGACUCCAACAUCAACUUGUUCUCCAAGUUCAUCCACUCAGACAAACAACUGUUCACAGAUUUUUAUAGCCUGUGGAUUGUCCUGAUGGUAGUCAAUGCCAUCAUUUUCCUGGUGGGUGUUGUGCUGAACAGCUUGGCGCUGUAUGUCUUCUGCUUCCGUACCAAGACAAAAACCACCUCUGUUAUUUACACCAUCAACUUGAUUGUAACUGAUCUCCUGGUGGGCUUUUCCUUGCCUGUCCGGAUCAUCAUGUUCUACAGCACAGGGGAUUGCAAGAAUUGUUCCUUGGUUCACAUCUUUGGCUACUUUGUCAACAUGUACUGCAGCAUCCUCUUCCUGACGUGCAUCUGCGUUGACCGCUACCUGGCAAUAGUGCAGGUGGAAGCCUCACGUAAAUGGAGGAACCCCACCUGUGCCAAGGGGAUCUGCAUCUUCAUUUGGAUCUUUGCCACUGUGGUGACUUUCUCCAUCCUGACCAUGGCGAUACAGUUUGCCGAGUGCUGCCUCUCCAAGAUCCUGGUGCUGAUGGUCUGUGAGUACUUCUUCCCCCUCAUCAUAAUCAUCUUCUUCACCACCAGGAUUAUGUGUGCCCUGUCCAAGCCCAGCCUCAUGCACCAGAGUCGAGAGAGGAGAAUGAGGGCUGUGCAGCUCCUUAUCACCGUCCUCAUCAUCUUCAUGAUCUGCUUCACUCCUUUCCAUGUGCUACAGGUCACAAUCUCCAUCAACCCAGACAUGCCCCACAACGUCAGCCUCCUCGUCUACCAUGUGACAGUGACUCUGAGUAGCCUCAAUAGCUGCAUGGACCCCAUUGUCUAUUGCUUUGUCACCAAUAACUUCCAGUCAACCAUGAAAAACAUCUUCAGGAAAACCGAACCAGAGCAAACUAAUGCAGACAUCGUGGGUAUGAACAAGAACUCCAAGGGCUCCAACGCAAUCAUCGCCUUCUCAAACACAAUAGGAAGCCCUCUGAACUUGCCAUCACCAAGCAGUGUUCAGAUAUAACCCACAUCUGAUGGGACACAUUGCAGUAAGCCAGUGCCAUGAUGCUGGAAUAUUGAUAGGAUGCACAAUACUAUAGUUUUUGAACUCUUUGUGUUUUAGGCUGAGGUUCAGACUGACAAUAGUGGAAUUUAUUCCUCAAGAACAUUGUGGUCUGUUUGGAAAUGGAACCUACAAUGCUGUUAGUACCAUACAAAAGAGAGUCCAUUAAUUACUGUUCCCAGCAGGGAAGUUUUCUUUGUAUUUUAAUACAGACAUUUUGCUAGCAACAAACUCUUUACUGUGGUUUUCUUUGCAUGUUUGUCAUCAUAAUGCAACACUUCUAGGAUGACUUAGAAAGCAGGAUAGCUCUGGUUUGUAAUGAAAGAUUUUGUGCCUAUAUGCUUAAGAAUAAAGGACAAGAAGGAAGUUUCCAGAGCUAUCCACUGCAAAGAUUUUAGAUGCCAAUGAAAUAGGAAAAAAGUAUUCCAGCCACAUGUCACUAGUGACUACUCCUUUCCUGAAAAAGUCUGAACCUUCUCAGGGAAGAGAUGAAGUCCAGCAGUGAAGUCUCCUCUUGGCUAUAAGAAAAAAAUAUGUGUCAGUGUAUAUAUUUUCAUACACAUUGUCUAUGUUGGGGAGAGAUUAAGGAUAUGCUCCACCUGUAUUUGGAUCACUAAAUCCCCUGAAUUGCAGAUGAGUAUACAAAAAUCUGUGAAAAUGAACAUGAGUCCCAGCAAAUUCUGCUGUUCUGCUCUGUCUCCCUGAGGAACAGCCAAGAUGAAAACCAGAACCAGACUAUGAUGCUAUAAUACUCUGGUUUGGUUUUUCUUCCUGGCAUGUUGCAACAUCAGGGCUUGCUCUCCUAAUUCCUCCAGCACUCCAUCCACUCAGUCACCCAAAAGCCAAUACUGCCAAGCACAGAAAAUGAAUGCAUCUCAGGCAUCUAGGUUGAAAUCAUUCACCCCAGGACAAACUCACUAGGAUAUUUAAAGAGCUAUGUUUAAAGUCUCUUAAAGGCCUAAAGAGGCUAAGGAUGCUGCAAAAUUCUAUCCCCAGUGGUGGGGGAAUCUUUUAGAUGACAUUAUAUCAAUUAAACAAUGCAAAUGCAAAAAAAAAAUCCUAGGAAAAUUGCAAACCCUGUGGCAUGAACAGCAGUAACUGUUGUUGUUGCUUCACAUUUCCUCACUCACAUCUAUGGCCACUCCAUCUGCAAGGCUACUAUGAAUUCAUCAAGUCUAGUGAUUAGCUUUUCCUAGCACUCACUGGUGUUACUUGUCAGAAAAGGAGGCAUUGGUCCAAGCUGGAGCAUCCUAGAGUACUUGGCUUCCCUGAGGUCUGACUUUGGUACAGACAUCUCUAUUCCACAGGAACACAACAUAUAUGCAACACAUAUAUGUUUCACCUAACCUAUUUCCCUGACCAACCCAAUGAAUAUAAAACUUGAACCAUCAAUAUCACUGCAAUAUGGGAAACUGGGUGUUCCAGUACCUGUUCCAGUGGAGUCUGUAAUUGCCAGUAACUCCUAUUGCCAGGCAUGUGAGCUCUUUCCCAAGCAAUGCAGCUGAGUCAGUGCCCUUCUUCUGGGACUUCUAUUCCUCUGAAGAGGAUUUUCCCUCCAGGGGUGGUGAUGAGAGCCACCAGCACUAUGGCACUAUCCCAUGGGAGGCAAGACUGUUGUCCUGGUCAUGGUUUCACUUCCCAGGGCCCAAUUGUACCAUGGCUUCCUUCUGCCUCAGCUAUUUCCUUAUUCCUGUAAAUCACUGAUACAGGCACCUCACAGCCAAUAUCUGUCAAAUGAUGCAUCAACACACACGGAUCAAGCUCUGACUUCUCAGCCAGGCUGGCCACUUCACAUUUCUGACACCAUUUUCCACCAGUCCCUCUCUUGGAGAAAACAAUCUUUUGCCUCAGAGGUCUGCACUUCUCUGCAAAUUCCUGAAAACUCAAGCCCACCAACCCAGCACACAUGCUCAGAUCUUUCCAUGCCUCCCAAGAUGCUUGUAAUGAAAAUGUGUGUCAUAUAUACAGAGCUGUUAACAGCACUGUUUUGCCAAGGCUACUCAGAGAAACAGUAGAAAAUGUGCAGGCCCUGUGCAUAGCUUAUUUUAGCUUCUUUGUUCCAACAACCCACAGAUUCACACCUCCCAUUCUCUUGCUAUCAAGAGUAUUUUUGCCAUAUACAGAAAUGUCUUAACAUCUUUCUCAGUUCAGUUGUUCAUUUGAGGUCAGUAUAAAAUCUCUAAGAUUAUUUGCUUAGAUUUUUUUUAAGUUCCUAAACAAUGUCUAAGUCAAAGCUAUGUCCGUCUGCUGUAAACUUCACUUGUAGUCUGAAUUGUCCUUACUGUCAGUGUAUUAUUCACUCCCCAUAAAAGCCUCCUGAGACUGGAUAAUUCCCUUUAUUUUUAAUGCCUAUUGCCUUGUCCAGAGCUUUCAGUGGUUCUUCUUCAUUUUAUAUCAGCUCCAAAACAGGAUCUGCUCCCUUAUCAAAGACACAGUCUUUGAAAAUUGGAAAGAGAUCGAUUUUUUCACAAACUGACCGACUUUUCUGUGAGUUUUUGAGCUUUCUAUUUAAUCCAUACUGUUUAACAUCUCGCUUUUCCUCAGGGUACAGUACUUGCUAAAUUUCUGUCCUAUUUAAAAUCACCCAUUUGUGCUCAGGGCACAAAGUGGAAAAACAGAACCAAAAACUCAGCUAUCAUCAGAAAUAUUUCCCCAAACAGCAUGGUUUUGGGGGGCAUC